AUGUUUCCAAAGACGACCUUUUACCUAGCGUUAAACGCAUGCCUGAACCUCGCUGCGACGGCGUCACAAGCAUCUUCUGAAUAUAUCAAGUACCCUGAGAAUUCUGAGAAAGUGGCCAUCAACUGGACAGAUGCGUCCAGCGUUCUGGGUAGACCCGACACUUACCUCGGAAAGCUGGCUGUACCCCUUGACUACACGUUGCCCCAAUCGAAGAACAACACACUCACCCUCAACAUUCUGAAAGUCAAAGCGACCAAAGAGCCUAAGCUGGGGAGUGUGUUGACAAAUUGGGGCGGUCCCGGUUUGCCUGCAACUGACUGGCUGUUGGCGCAGGCUCGUUAUGUUCUUGCCAUGACAGGCGGUCAGUACGACAUUAUCGGUCCUGACCCCAGGGGCACUGGAACGACUUUGCCCGUGGAUUGCUACAAAGACGAAAUGGAAAGGAUGGUCGCGACGUUACGAACACCCACGAGGACCAAUUCGUCUGAAGUUGCGUUGGGCGCUGUUUGGUCUUACACAAAGCAAUAUGCUGCACGCUGCUUCCAGAACGAGGCAGUAAAUGGGUCUUUGAUGAGCACAGCGUUCGUGGCCAGAGAUUUCAUGAAAGUCGUUGAUGCCCUGACUGUGGAAGGCGAGGAUGGUUUUCUCAGAUACUGGGGCAUCUCCUAUGGCACAUACCUCGGCCAGGUCUUAGCUGCCAUGUUUCCUAACAGAGUCGAAAGAAUGAUGCUUGACGGAGUUCUUAAUUCGCUCGAAUACCAGCAAGGAUGGGAAACCGGUCCAGCUGCCUCUGCGCCCGUUGCUUUGAGACAGUUCACCAAACAGUGCAUUGAUGCCGGAGCCUCCUGCUCCCUCUUUCGCCCAAACCUGACCGCAGACGCACUGUAUGAUCAUAUCCACAGCCUUAGCGAAGAAGCUAGGCGAGUGCCGAUCGUUAUGGGCCCCAACGUCACAACCGAUAUCGUCACCUACGAGAAAAUUGCCGAGGCCAGUGACACAGCUCUACGCAUGGGUCUGGCAUCCGGUUCUUACUUAGCUGGUUAUCUCAACAGCAUCAUGAUCCGUGAUACUCCAGAAUACAACCACACCCAGUACCUGGUCAACCGCUCCUUCAUUGUGCAGGACGCCGCGAUCAAUGCGGACAAUACACAGCUAAUCCGCUGCUCCGAUGCCAUGUUCCGUGCUGAUGAGCUCACUGACAUCGAGGAACGCGUCCAGUACAUAACGGAGUUGAGUGAUUGGAACAGCGAUUACAUUAUCGGCUCGUAUAUCAUGUGCUCGCUGUGGAAGGUUCAGGCGAAAGAACGGUACGAGGGUGACUUCAAAGCGAAGACGAGGAAACCCGUGUUGCUCAUCGGCUCGCCGUAUGACGUCCGGACUCCGAUCUCUGGGGCUUAUGCGGCGAAUAAGACGCUAGAAGAAAGCGUUGUGCUUCAACAUAAUGGUCUCGGACACACGGUUAUGUACAGCCCCGGAGCCUGCGCCAUUACCGCAACCGCUGCGUAUUUUGUGAACGGAACUAUGCCGGAAGAAGGGACGGUAUGCGAGCAAGACUUUGGUAUCUUCUCCGGAAAAGGCUUGAAUGAGACUCUGGACCUAUUUGGUGAGCCUUAG